UAUAUGCGAUCGGAGUAACAAUAUAUGUAUGUACAGAAUCAAUGGCGUAUUUAAGUUCAGUCUGAUGCCUGACAUCAACAGUUUGCACAGAUAUUGAAAAGCAGAUGAAAUCAAGAAUGGCAGAAUUUUCACAAUUUAAGCGUAUACUAGAAACAUGUGUCCAACAAAACCACGAUCCAGCAAGUGUGUACCAGAGAUGGCAUGCAGACUUAACAAAUGAUAUGAUAUCCACCUUCCGAAACUCUCCUACCGCCCAAAAAUACAAGACUGCACAUGAAAUGUUCAAGAAAGGACAAUCAAUCCUAUGUCGAUAUACAAAACCUAAAGUGGAUACUGACGAUGACUGUGAUUUCCUGCAACCAGCUUUUCAUAGCUAUGCUUAUGGAGAAAUGUCUGAUACUAUCUGGUUUGGUGAAUUCAGACCUCCCAAAAAUGCAUCUGAUCUUUUAGAUCAAUAUCUUAAACAUAGACCUGAAGAUGUAUUAUCAGAAUACUGCAAGACCAUUUUUGCCUAUCGUUCAGAAAUUGAUGAACAAAAUGAAUCUGCGUUGUCUAAAUUUAAUCAUUUACACAUAGCUAUUCGUACAACGGAAGUUUUUGCAAUGAAAGUAAGGGAAGCUACUACAACAUCAAAUAUUAAACAUCAAAUUCUUUCUAAAUUGUACAACACGUUAGGUUCGUUUUAUGCUAUAACAGACCAGGGAUUUCGUGCAGUUGAUUCCUUUCAGAAAGCAUAUGAUACUGACAAUAACGAUUAUGACUCUCUAUUUGGCGUUGCGUGGUGGCAAAAGGAGGAGAACCCAGAUGAAGCCAUUAAUUUGUUCCAUAAAUAUUUAGAUGUCGCACCAGAAUGUGACAAGAAGUACUAUGAUGCGUUUUAUUCACUAGCAGUUAUAUAUCUCACAUCUAAGAGGGAUAUUCCAAAAUUUAAAGAAUAUUACAACAAGGCACAAGACGCCGAAAAAAAGCAGUUACCGUUUUAUCCACCUUACGAUACAUCUUCGAGACAAUGCGCAAACAUGAUGAUGGAAGUUUGUAAUAAUAUGUUUAUGCGAAAACAGUUACACAAUUAGACUGCAAAAUUGUGUUGUUCAACAAUUCUAUCUAAAAUUUGUUUAUUUGAUACUUAUAAUUGACAUUAACAGUCGGAAAGCUGACCCCGGUUUGACCCCAUUUCUUAAACCAACAAUGACAGUCAUGCGACUACCAUUUUUGGGCAAUGUUUUGUCGUUUUGUCUUCAACUGUAACGUGUGGUUCCAUAAAAAAAGCCAUAUCAAAUGAAAUCAAAGCAUGCUGUACGUUAUAAAUUCCAACAGCUUAUGCUUCCCAGAAGUUAUAACAUACAUUUUGUUUUGAUUUUACGUACUGGAUUAAAAUACGAAGCCUUUAAUGUGUAGUGGAAGUUGGUCAUACUCCCUAGUUCCAUUUUUAUGGUUAAGCCUAUAUUUACCGUUUUUGGAACACAAUGAUUAAUGUUUGGUAAUAUCUGUUUGUCAAAAUUACUAAUUUACCUUCUAUAAUCAACUAUAUACGGUUGUAGCAUUUUGUUUCGCGUUAUACCAGAAGGGAAGUCUGUUUAUUUACAUGUUUUAAUCAUAUUCACUUGAAAAAAAAUAUCACACUCGCAAAUACCCCGAUCAAAUCUCUCGAAAAACCACAAUCUUAGCCAGACACUAUACAUAACGGGUAAUUGUAAGAUAACGCAGAAUUUUAAUCAGUCAAGUAUGUGUGAUUAAUUUUAUCCAUUUCUAAUGAACUUUAACUUGAACUUAUUUCCCUCCAUGAAAUGUGAUAGAUAAAAAAAGAUAACAUACGCGUUGUCAUAAUUGUGUAUUGCUACGAGAUAGACGUGUACAACAAAAUAACACUAUUGAUUUCCAAGAUCAACAGCUUUCAUAUACCAACACCAAUAAUGGAAGAAUCGUCACCCAUUCAAGAUUUUAUGUUAAAGUAUAUUCAACAGGGACAUGAUCCAACAAAAAUGUAUGAAAGUAAGGUCCGUAAUCAUGCUCAUUUCAAACAAAGUCAGAUAUCGGCUUGUCUAAACUCGCCAACCGGCAAAAAGUAUUUGACUGCAUUUGAAAUGUUUAAUGAAGCCAAGUCGAGACUAAGUAAAUAUACCAAAUUCGAAGUGGAAACAGACAGUGACUGUGAUUUUCUGCAGUCUGCUUUUCAUGGUUAUGCUGAGGCGUAUAUGCUCGAUCAAAGC